UGACUCAAGAAAGCCAAAUUUGAAGAAAAUUGCCGACUCGAAGGUAUACUGUAACCUUAAAUAGAUGUUUUUGAACCUGGCAUACAGGUGCACGUUGACACUUUAAAAAUUACGCAAAUUGGAAAAUAAAUAAUGUUCUUGAGAUAUUCAGAUGAAGUGGCAUGGAAAUAAAUUUUGUAAGUCUCAAAAUAUAAAAAAAAACUUCAGGUGUAUGCAGUUAGACUGAUUUGCAUGGAAAAUAAUUCUAGGUUCCUAUCGGUACCUUGAAAUCUACUCGAAAAGGUAGUUACACACUGUACAUACAUUUGGGCUGGUGACGUUAAACGGAUCUACUAAAGAAUGGCAGUUAUCACAAAAUGCUCAGUUACAUUUGGGGCCUGUUCAUUACAAGGUUGGAAAUAAGCUUUUAAUUUGGAAAUUCCUGCAGAAAUUUAUAUUUUUGACAAUAAUACAGAAGAAAAACAGUUAUAUCAACCCUUUGAGAGGGCUAAAAUUUGAUUAAAUACUACAACCAGUAGGUUUUGUUUGUAGGGUGAAAACAGGUUAUAGUACGUCAGACAAACGAAAGGCGGUGAUUAAUAAAUCACACUACGGGUGUAGAAAAAAAAGAAAAAAAAAAAACAAGAGACGCCGGAUAAGCUAUGUUAUGAGGACUGGCUGUAUAGGUAAAAUUUUAAAUAGCAAGGUUCAAAAGUAAACUUGGCUUAAGUCAAAAGGUUUAUUUUCUGAUAAUCUCAUCUCCCACAAAACUCUUACUUUAUCUCAGGGCGUUUGGGGCUUCUGCCAAAUUAGAAAAGCAGACAUAAGAAUCUCUAGUGGAAGCUGUUGGCUAAUGAAAAUUGAAAUCUCCUCGAGGGCUCGUGAAGCCGCAGAUUUGGACGGUCAUAAUGUAAAAUGAUUGUGGCUACUGAAUGGCCUUAAUUAUUGUGUCUCGGCCUCAGAUUUCCUAAUUGGUCCUGCUCGCUGCCAUACAGUUUAUCGCUACAUCUAUACAGCACGUUUCACUCCACUGAGAAUAAAUUAUUCAUGCAAUGAUGUUACUAACAGCCAUAUCAGGUAUAGCAUCACCUUCUUUCAAUUUAUUCGAACACGUGCCCUAUCAAAGAAAUGCAAACAUUGCUCUCAGUUGUUUAGACAUUAAGCUGCUUUUUUCAGGUUAUGCGAUCCACUCAGGAGAGCUGAUGUACAUCACAAUGAUUAUCCACUUCAUAGACUACAGGUAGAAAAAGGAAAGACCAAUCAUGAAUAACCUGUACAGUAACCAAACACUCAAUACAUCAGCAGUGAAUGCAAGCGUCUCGCCAACUGCAGCACCGGGUUUUCCAGUCUACCUCCACCAGCCAUUAGGAGCUAUAGUGUUCCAAAUCAGUUUGUGGUCAACCAUUGUACUCCUGGGUGUGAUUGGUAAUGUUUUCGUGUGCAUCGCUAUCCUUACACGCCCCAAGAUGAAGAGCUCCAUGAAUUAUUACUUGCUGAGCUUGGCCAUAGCAGAUUUGGGGGUACUACUUAUCAUCUAUCCUAUGGUAGUGUUAAAAUACCUCUUCCCAUUUCGCUGGUUGUUAGGAAAACAUGCGUGUCAUUACCUGUAUCCUACCGUGGAGAUAUUCUUCGGAGCCUCAGUCUGGUCGAUUACGGCCAUUGCCAUCGAGAGAUAUCGGAAUAUUGUUGGCGCCAAACGAUAUCAGAUCAAGCACAGAUCUCGAAUGACGACUUUUGUGGUUAUUGGCGUAGUGUGGUUGACGUCGUUUUUAUUUUCAUCUGUUCCUCUGUACGCGGUUAUGGCUUACCAUUCGACUCUGGAAAUCUGCUACCUGGAAUGGCCUGAUAUGUCUGGGGCAAAUGCGGUAUUCCUGUCUUACUCAAUAGCUCUCAUCGUCGGCUGGUAUGCACUUCCUCUGGUUGUCAUAACAUUCACUUAUUUGAGGAUCAAGAAAAGGGUACGUGAAAGUGUCAAGUUCCGAACCUCGAUGUCAGAGUACGAUGAUGGAGAUCAGGCAGUCUUGUCGCAAGCUCCAUCAAACAGAGAAAGAAGCGACAAAAGAAUCUGGCGAAAAAGCAAGAAGACAACGCGAAUUCUUACACCUCUGGUAGUUUUGUUUGCUGUAACAAUGUUUCCCAUGAACGUUCUACGCGUCGUGCUGCUGAUUAAGCCAGGGUUUUGGAUGAAAUCUUACUACAACCUGAUCAUUGGCCAGCUUAUAAUGUUGAUUAUGAUCAAUUCGUCUGCUAAUCCACUAGUCUAUUACAUCACGAGUAAAGAGUUCAAAGAUGCAUUCAGGGAGAUACUCAAGAGAUCCAGUCAAAAGAAGUGGUCGUGGAAACCACUGAUGAACAGAAGGAGACAAUCAUCGAAUGUCUCGAGAACGACAGUUGUCUGAUUUCAAGAUUAAGAAAGAUUUAGCCUCAUCCAAGGAACACAGCAGCUUAAACUCUCUUCUGGUGAUAUCCAGUUCGCCCGGAGUUAGGACAAGAGCAGGCCAGUUUAAGGAACUCAGUCACAGUAUUUUGAGUUACUUUGGCCGGGUACAAAAUCACCUUCAAAUUGAAGGAAACCUGAAAAUAGUAGUUUACUAAGAUAGAAAAACCACAAAGAGAUAAUAAUAAACCAUAAAGUAACAAGGGGGCUAAGGAUGACGAAGAUUACCACGGAUUACAAAGGACAAGCUUGAGAGAUUUAGCUUUUCAAGAUGCGCAAACUCUUCGUCCUCACGACUCGUACCAAUGGAUUCAAAAGAAAUAGUGACCUUUUAUUUCACAUAUUUUGAUAGGCUCUAGGCGCGGUUUCGCUUUCAACUACAACACUCUGAUUUGUACCAGUACAAGGGAUAAAAUGUUCAUCUCCAUUGUACAUGAUCAUUUUUGUUUUUCAGGAUAAAAACUUCUUCAGCGGUAAUUAUUGUGGAGGAAUAUUUCCGAGUCUCGCUCGUAUAUCCCACGUUCCAUAGUUAGUCUUACUAAGAAACGUUUAGUUGUCUUCGUUAGAAACACGAACCCUCGAGCAAGUCGUAGCAUUUACCCAUAUUCGACCAUAUCGUGUAUAAAUAAACGACUUUGUGUUGUUGCUGUUUCACUGACUGAACUUGAAGACAUCAUCGAGCGACUAAUUUACCGCCUUUUACAAAGAUUCAUAUAGAUCCGAUCUAUUGGCAAUCUGAAGUGUCCACUUCACUCAGUAGAAUUCUUUUUAUCCCAGACCCCCAUCAAGAAAGAAAGAGAAAUGUAAGGAACUCCAACUGUUGUACUAUUCGAGGCUACUGCCAACCAUUUUUGAAGCUUUUCCCUCACAGGCUACAUAUGAAAAAUACGUAACAUAAAUUCUUUAGUUUGUUUAAAAGUAAAAACUUACCUAUCCAAGAAUAUAGUACAAUAGUUUAUGUUUCGUGUUUAACUGUAUAGGAAUUAAUUUUAAGCGUGCUUUAACAUGUGAUGAAUGCCCAGCGACUAGUAGGCUACCGUGUGCCACGAAAUUUUUGCGGUUUUCUACACGACACAAAAAUUUACUCCGCAAAAAAAUUUACUCCACUGGCGAAAACAUCUCGUUUAAAAACAUCACAUGUAGAAUUUUGUUGAUGUUUUUUAUUUAAAACGUGUGUGUCGUUCAGAAACUAAACGGUAAAAUUAGGAACAAAACGAAAAAAAGCAGUGGCGGAUCUAGGGGGGAGGGG